AUGACUCUAAGUUCUUCGUUUUGUAAAACAAGUGGCGGUGGUUUUCUGGUCGUGUUUUGGUUCGCUCUGUGUGUGACAGUCGCAAGGGGUUCAGGUAAAUUGAUUUUUGAUAUGCGUAACGUUAAUGAUGUUUUCAGGCCUUGGGUUAGAUGGGUCACUAUAAUAUGUCAUCUAAUAUAUUGACAGUCCUAUGAAGUGCCUCCUAAAUAUUGAUCAUUUUCGUGGAUUAGCAUCUUUCCUGUUGAAAUGAUUGUUCCAUCAACAGGAAUCCUCAGGAAUCUUCAUUUAUUCUUACUUUAAAUGCAUGUAUUAUACAGAGCAAAUUGUUUCCUCUUUAAUUUGAAUUGAGAUACCUUCAAAGCAACUUUGCGUCAAUGCGUUAUUAAUAAACAAAAUUCUUGUCUGAAUAUUAGUUGUAUUUAAAAUUUCUCGUGCUCUGAACGAAUACAAAAAUAGAUCAUAGAAGAUGUAAUAAUAGGUAACGGAGGAUAUAAAGUGGGGAUGUGCUAGUCCAAACUUACUUGCAGCUGAGAACUAAGGUGAUUUGCGAGGGACGACGCUCAACCUGAUCGACUCGAAAGUUAAGACUCGUGUCUGAUCACGGAGAACAGCUACGGUACGUGGAAGGGUCUUUUUGGGGCUUAUCCCAACCCACCUCGUCAACAUUCCCUGUUAGACUUUCGGCAGACUUUUCACUUAUACUAAAUUAUGCUGUAACAGGAAGAUGGAUGCGGGUUAGCUUAAAUUAGUAUCUCCUGGUGGUAAGUAUGAAUAUAUAGCAUUGUGACAUAUCCCAAGUGGUUUCCGAGUGAAGCUGAAUAGGGGGCGCUGGUGGCGACACACUUCUUUCGCUUUUAAUUUCGCCAGUGGCGCAUGUAAUUAGUCAUGGAAAUAUAUUUAAUAUAUUCUUAUAAAAUGUUGUGUUUUGACACCCAAUGUUGGUAAUCCACCGUAUUUCGUGUCUUCUUGUUGUUAACUCGAAUCCUGAGCGCACAAUUAAGAUGAUAUUAUUCAGAGAAUGUUGGUAACAUCCUCGCGUGAUUCGUGGAUAAAUCUAUUAUCUUGACGCCAAUCUUCCAACGUAGCUGUACUCCAUGCAUGCGUAGAUAUAUAUGCAUGAGUCAGACUGAGCUGUAUCCUUCGUAAUUCAGCCUUCAAUAUAAGGAUGAUUAGCGCUCCCCAUUGUCUCGUCAAUAAUACUUUUUGGAAUUUGUUCUAGAUGAUUGGAUUACUGUCAAAAAAGUAACACGCAACCCAGUUUUUGUUACCGCGGGGCAAACCUUGAAACUCAGACUUGACAUUGAAAACGUGGACAAGUGGAACACGACUGCAUUUUGGGUGUACGCCAAGGACUCCUCAAGAACCAGCCCUGAACAUGAUUUGCAGUUGAUGCGAGAUGUUGAUUCCAGCAGUGAGACAUACUUCUCGUACAAUAAGACUCGUGUUUCACGCGAGAGACAGGUGGAUUUAGUAGUGAACAGUAUGACAUUGGCUGAUUCGGGAGUGUACCGUUGUAAAUUUCGAAAACCAGAUGAGGGUUGGAGCAUUCGAGUAGAUUACAACGUUAUCGUGGAAGGUAAGAUUAAGAAACUAACAUUGUUUAUACUGGAUAACUCUAUCAGUUCUAAACUGUUGUUAAAGGCUCAGUUAGAGUCAUCGCUUAUUUGUCCAGUGUGACCACAAGAUGCAACCUGAACUAAACUAACUUUAUCUACACAUACCUGUUAAAGGCCCUUGUCUAAAUCUUCAAAAUAUCUUUUAGAAAAGGGAGUAAUUUCCCCGAUAGAUUUGCCGCCAGAGAUAGUCUAUAUUACAAGAGGUGAUACUCUCAAACUGCAAUCAGAUCUGCCAGAUGUCACAGCUAGUUCUUAUGGCAAAAACUACGAAACGUUCUGGGACUUUUCCCCUUCGUUAACAACAACAACACAAGAAGAAGCUGUUAGAUUAAUCGAUUCGAUGGACAGUUCCGUAGAAAGUUUGGAUGUCAGGGCAUCACUGAAAGAGAAUGGCACAACAUUAGUUUUGACAAAUACGACUUUCAAUGAUAGUGGGGUUUAUCAUUUACGUAUUCUGGGACCGUUGUCCACCACAGCUGUCCAUAAGGAUUUCAACGUUAUUGUUGAAGGUAUUAAUUGUAUUUUAGUACAUUGCAUUGCAUUAAAUGUACAUAUUCUCACAGCAGGAAACGCGAAUGUGCAUGGAAAACCAUCAAACUGGAAACAUGGUUAAAGAGGUUAAAUUAUCGGACAACUGUAUAUAUAUUGUUUGUGAUGUUACUCUGAGUGUAUAUCCACACCGGGCGAGCUUGAAAAAUAUGCCCGACCACGGUGGGAAUCGAACCUACGACCUUUGGAAUACUAGCCCAAUGCUCAGAGUAACAUCACAAACAUCACAUUCACCUGAGUACACAGCACCAACACAGAAAAAAUUGUAUAUAUAUUGCAUUUGACAUGUAUUUAACAUUGACAUGUAUUUCACAGAUAAAGCAAUUGCAAGCAUUCAUUGUCCGAGUAUAGUACGCUUGACAGAAGGGGAAAACUUUUUCUGCUUAUGCGAGGACAUCUCCACCUCUGAAGUGACAGCUCAAGCAUCUUGGCUUGUGGAUGGUCAGACGUUCAAGCACUCGAGGCCAUUCCAUGAGGAAGAGUUAUACCUUAACAACGUCACUGCUGCGGAUGCUGGAUUUUAUACAUGCCGAGUUCGCACUGUCACUAUGGUGGACGAUAUCACUUUGGAGGUGUUAGUCUUGCAUGGUAGGUUUUGCUUAUAAUUUUUCCUUAUUUUUAACAAAAUUGCCAGUUUUACCGCAUAUUGGUAUACAUAUAGUCACGAGCGUGCUCAUGGGUAAAGUAAAACCCCGCAUAUAAGAACCUAGAAUUUAAGAACCUGUUAGGCUAAAAUAUUGUAUUUUAGAUCCCCUUUAAAUAAGAAUCUGUUCAGGCUAGAAUUUCAAAACAGAUUUUUAUAUUAUCAAAUAGUCAAAAUUAAAUCAUAAGUUACAAUCAGUGUAGCUUUGAAGUGCAUAUAUAGAAUCGCUAUACUGCAUAUACUGUAAUUUUUUAGACCAUUUGUGCAUAUUAAUUUUAUAUAAAUCAUAUACCAUACCUCCCUAAUAUGAGUCGCUUUUCUCUUAAGAGAAUAAGAACCUAUUUAAGAACAUGUUUAGCCUAAUUCCUGGCAACCACCAUUUAUACUGUACAUAAGAACCUGUUUAGGCUAACUUGGAAAAUCUAGGUUCUUAUAUGCGGGGUUUAACUGUAGGCCUAUAUAUAUAUUGGAUUUUGGUGUAAUAUAUAUGUCAUAUUAGUGUAUUAUUAUUGUAAUAUAUAUAUUAUUGUAGUUAUAUAUUGAUAUAUAUAUAUAUAUAUAUAUUAUAUAGAUAUAUAUUGAUGUACUAUUUAAAAAACGAGCAGGAGUGUUUUAUUAGGUUUAAAGCCACGAGUGCGCAGCGCGAGUGGCUUUAGACCUAAUAAAACACGACCCGCGAGUUUUUAAAUGACUUCAAAAACGUAUGCAUAAUAAGUCAAAUCUUUAUAUAAAAAUCUUUAUAUAAAAAUCUUUAUAUAAAAAUCUUUAUAUAGUUUGCAUAACAAUGGUCUUUUGUUAAAGUGUUCUUUAGCUGGUAUAAAGACGUAUGCACGUGACUAAUUUCUUACUCAAGAUUGCAUAAUUGGUUCAUGAAUUAUUAAUGAGUUUUUGAAGAUAUAAUAAAGACAAUGUUGGUCAGAAAUUCUCUCAGAUAAUUUUGACGGUUAUUUCAGGCUCUCCUUGCGCUUAGCUUAAUAAUCAAUUUACUGCUCUGUUUCUAACUCCAGAAAGAAACUCGUUCAGCACGCAUGGUACCUAGAUUUCUAUACAGAAUUGAAUCAUGCUAUGUAAGUACCGUAAACGAGACACCCUUUAUAUAAACCUUUACACCAAUAGAGAAAAAUGUCUGUCACAUUUAAAGAUCGAUCUGGUAAAAUAUAUAUAGUUGCCACUGCAUUAUCAAUUGAAUACAGAAAUUUGUAAACAAUUAAAGCUGAAAUGUUCGAGCGGACUGGAUCGCAUCAUUGCCAUUCAUAAACCCAUGCAGCAUGCGACUACAUAUACGUGGGUGUGCGUUGAGCUAUCGCUUUGAAUUUAACUGUCAUACGCAUAUAAAAAUUCUUUGAUCUGCAGGAAGCUAGCCAAGUUUGAAAUCUGGCAGAUACAACGUCUCCACCCAUUUGUUGCAACACACUCAAGAUUGUCCGAAUUCGGCCACAUUUCGAUAGUUUUUAACCGCUUGGUUUUUCCUGAAUAGUUGCGCAAAAUAAAUAUUUUAUAUAUGCGUCUUAGACUUUAUUGGAACAUAUUUAUAAGCAUUAUAUAGAUAAUUAAUAAUUGUAAUGGUAAUUUCAACUCUAGCUUUUAAAUAUGAUAAAAUACUCCUACGCGUUAAAGGUUUACUUAUAGACGCAGCGUAUAUGACUACAGAGUAUAUAGGUGUGUGGGUGGACUUUCAUUUAUCUAUUGCAUAUUAAAGAUUCUUUGACCUGCAGUAAGCGAAGUUUGAAAUCUCACUGAUAGAAAGUCUGCAUUGUUGUACAAUCUGGAAUCAUGUUGUUCAACAUAUAUACUUAGCAAAUGACAAACUUGCAUUCCCAGUUAAAUUUCCUGGUUAUUAUAACCUUUUCCCUACUAUAAUCCAGGGGCCGGUUUUUCAAAGCUGGAUUAGAGCUAACCCACUAUUUCGGUUUGUGUAUUUUUGCACAACCUUUUAUUUCAAAACGUUAGAAAAUAAACCUUUUGUUGAUAUUUUUUUUGAAACCUUUGGUUGAAUACUUCCAUUUUUAAAAACAAACUGUUGGGAAGAUUGCUUUGCAGAUUUCUUAACCUAUAGGAUUAAGCUAACCGACUUUUGAACAACCGCGGCCCCAGUUAAUUUGACCAGGAUUUCCUGGUUAAAUUAACAAGACUAUUUUAGGCGGAUAUAAAUAACAAGGCGCCCCUGGUUGUAUUUAUCCAUCCAACAAGCACAGUCUGGUUAUUUUAAAGUGGCACUGUCAUUCUAAAACUGUAAAGUAACUUCUUUUGAAAAAAAUGGUUCCCAUGGUUUGUUCUUGAGAAAUUUCAUUUUGUUUGAAACCAUGUGACGUUAUUUACGCAAUUACAUAUAUACUGUAAUACAUAUAUAAUGGGAUGUUGUAAAUGUUGUAUAUCGUUGCUAUUUUUGACGGAAUUUUAAAAAAAAAACAGUAUUGUAGGUUAAAUUAACAAACGCGCCGCAUCUUUGGAAAGAUUUUGAUAAAAAAUAGCAAAGAUACACAACAAUUACUGAUAUCUCAUUAUAUAUGUAAUUGAGUAAAUGACGUCACAUGGUUACAAACAAAUUGAAAUAUCGUAAGAACUAAGCAUGGGAAUAAAAAUCUUCAAAAGAAGUUACUACAAAAUUUUAAGAACAUUUUCGUUUAAGAAAAUAAAAAUUUUAAUGACAGUGCCACUUUAACAAGAACGUCAUGGUCAAAUUAAUAUAACCAGAUUCCUGGUUACAUUAAUUAACCAAACUAUGGUAGGAAGUGAGAUAAAAUAACCAGGAAUUUUAGUCUGAUCACAAAGCACGGCCAUAUGGUGAAAGGGUACGUCAGUUAGGGACUAGUCCUAACAACCCUAUAUAAACAUUCCUGUGGGAGGAAAGCACCUGCACGCCUUGCAGCAAAACCCAAUUUUUCCCAAAUAUAAUAUGAUUGUUUCGUUUGGCUUUUCCACGGAUGAUUUAGUGACUGAUGUUUUGGAAUAAAUCAAAGUUUCAAAUAUAUGCAUGGAAGAGUUCAUUUUUGAAGUGUGAAAAUCACUCGUCGACGUUUCAUGUGAAUAGCAAAAACCACCCGGAUUCCGAUUGAACAUGUAUUACGAAAGUCACCGAACUGUGGAGUCGCAUCAAAAAUUCGUAUAUCGACCACUCCCACAAACGUCUACGACCGCUCCUACAUAGUUUUGCAUGUUUACAAUUCUAAUUUUAAACAGCCAAUCAGGUUCUUGGUAAUUGGCUGUUUAAAAUUAGAAUUGUAAACAUGCAAAACUAUGUAGGCGCGGUCGUAGACGUUUGUGGGAGUGGUCGAUAUACGAAUUUUUUAUGCGAUUCCACAGUUCGGUGACUUUCGUAAUAUUAUGGAAGCUUCAUACAAGAGACCAUGAACCAUCUUUUUUUUUCAUCCGCGAUAUAAAAACCAUCAUCUAUUCGGAAGUUCAAUAAUUAUGAAAAAUGUUAUUCAAAUUAAAGCAAAACAUAUCACAGACGUAUACUGUGCAAGGAUAUUGGAGUGAGCUUUCUAAACCAUAACACACAAUCUGAACUAGUGAAAGAAUUCAGACAUCGUUGUUAGUGGAUUAGAUCUGAUCGAAACAUAGUUUGCUCAUAGGGAUCGCAAAACCCCAAGAGAGGCCAAAUUAAGUCUGGGGGUGGUGUGGUGUAACACCCCCAAAGAAAAGUCAAGGAAAGGGGUUCAAUUUCCCCAGAGGUGCCCUCAAAUGCUGGAAUUGCGGAACGUGUUAAAUAUUAAGGAAUUUUGUGAAAAUUUGAGGUCGAAAAAGUUCUGAAACGCGUAUUUUUAACGCCCUCUAAUAAAAAAAGGGUUCGGAAACUUUUUUAGGGGGGGGGGGCGAAAGGAAGAGGGGCACAAACUUUUGAGUUCACUCCCCCCAACGAUAUAUCGCUCAGCACGUCCCUGGUUAGUUGUAACAAUGAAAUACAAUAAAACUGUGGAAGGGCUGUCUAUAUAUCUAGGGCUUCGGUUGCGCAAUGUCAAGCAAGCGCCUUUCGCCUCUGAAAUCGUGGGUUCGAUUCUCGCUGCGAACUCAUAUAGAGUCAUGUUUUGCUUUAAUUUGCAUAUGCAAAAUUACAAAAUUAUUGAACAGCUGAAUUUUAUACAGUUGUGCACAACUGCGUCAGUUAAAAUCAUAAUCCCACCAAUGAGUGCAUAUGAUCUAUGUCAAAUGACAAAAUAACGACGAUUGAUUGUCCUCUUUUGGAAAAAGUAUAAUUUGUGCGGAUAUUAAUUGAAAUGCGACUUGAAAUGCUACAAAAAAUAUUAACUGUUGAUAUUAUUUAAGUUUGUGCGACUUUCCUUUGGUCAAUGGUUUCAUGCAUUUUUCGCACGAGUGGGAUUGAGUGCAUAGGAGGCAAAACAAUAUAAUUCGUUGGUUAAAAAACGCCAAAGGCGAACAAUAAUAUAUACAAGGAAUCAUACGGAAGGUAUGAGAGAUAUUAGCAAAUAUCAAUUGCUAACGAAAUAUUUUACGAUAUUCAUGACAAAUGGUAGAGGAUGGCUCUUAUAUCGAAUAAAAAAAAGGAAUGGUUGGUCUCUAUGGAGCCUCUAUAACACAUGUACAGAUGGAUAAAUGGUAAAAAUUCUGUGCGAUUAUUUCUCGCCAUAGCAAACUGUUUUCAAACAUUUUAAGAAUUCAAAUGAAAGACAAGUAAUUUUGACGCCUCAAAAGCAAAUUAACAUUUCAUGCAGGUAAUUGAAACUUCGAUGUCCGUAAGAAAACAAUUAAGUUAUACCUCUAUAAACUCUCAAAACGUUCGUGGAAAAUCAAACGAAAUAGUUUGGAUUUUGCUCGGGAAAAUAUGUUUUACUGCAUCCAAUUGGGUUUGAAAUAAUUGCUUUUAUACAACGCAAUUAUUUUUUAUUUGUCUUAAAGAAAUAACGUAAAAUACAUUCCCAAAUCCUUCUUUUUCCCAAAGCAUUAUCAUAGAUACACAUUCAUAGUGGAAAAUCCGUUAUAUAUACUGUCGUAUCCGUAUCUUUUAAGACAGUAGUCUUGAUUUAGAUUAGGGCGGAUUGACGAGUUAUAUUUAAGACGUUAUAUACUUGCUAUUCAUGCAAUUGCAACACAUGAGGAGACUCUACAUACAUGGUGUCCAUAAGCGUUCGUUUCGCACAUGAGAGCCAAAUAGAAAUCUAUGGGUUAUAUAGCAAGCAUUCAUUAGGUUUUGAAGUAUACAUAUAUUUUAGUAGGUUUACCUUAGCCUAAUAAUUUGACGAUUCGAUCUUUUUUCGAUCAAUAUUUUACAAUCUAUAUUUUACAGUAACGAGAAUCAGCCAAAAAUCUACUUACAACCUUGAACGAUUGAGUAUUCAUCCAUGUGUAUUCCUGGUCGUUUGAAUUCACAUUCUUCGUUUGAAUUUAUAUAUUACUUCCACUAUAAUGUUUUUAAACUGCAAUAAAGUUUCAAAAUACAUACAAGGGCGCUUUCCAUUUACAAGACGAGCCAACGGUUCGACAAGAAAUAUUGUCUCAGUGUUCAUUAAAAGAUUUUGGUCAGGUUUCCCGGAAGUCUGCUGAAAUGGAUCUUCAUCGAUUUUCCACUCUCUUUACAAAUUUGACCGAUCUAACAGUCUGAUCGUGUUAAUGGAAAGCGCACUGAGAAACUAAAAAAAUCAACUUAAGUUUAUUCUAUAUUUUAGGUCACGCGUAUGAUGCAAUACAGUUGUUGCAAAGUUGUCAUGUGACUCAAAAGAUGUACCAUAAUGCAAAGCGUACUGGCAUCCUUCUUUAUUCUUCUUAUGUGGCAACGACUUUAACAAAAUUUUGGUGAGUUUUGCUUUAGUUGCAAGGAUGGAAUUAUAUAGAAAUUAGAUUAAAAUAUGUUUUACAUACCAUGUUAUAUAACUUUAAGGUGUAUCAUCAACCCCCAGCCACUUUGUUCAAAUUUAACGCUUUUAAAUCGCUAACGCAUAUGAAAACGUACGAAGUUUCACCUUCUGCACAAUGUUGUAUAUACAUUUGCCUUAGAUUAAACUUAAACUAAACAGGCAGUUUUCAUGUAAAAGGAACCUAUGUGUAUAUUUUGCUUCUGCAAGCAAAGUUUAGAUUGAUGCAUGCUAUAAGGCGCGGGGGGUUAUAAGAAAACAAAUAUAAAUACGUUGGACAUAGAUGAUCAAAGCCUUUGCCUGUAUGGUGGAGAGAACCUUCUGUACAGUAUAGCACUGAAAAAAAGUUUGAAAAUCCAUAGAAGGUCAUAGAAUGGAAAUUAAACUUAAACUAAACAGGCAGUUUUCAUGUAAAAGGAACCUGUGUGCAUAUUUUGCUUCUGCAAGCAAAGUUUAGAUUGAUGCAUGCUAUAAGGCGCGGGGUUUAUAAGAAAACAAAUAUAAAUACGUUGGACAUAGAUGAUCAAAGCCUUUGCCUGUAUGGUGGAGAGAACCUUCUGUACAGUAUAGCACUGGAAAAAAGUUUGAAAAUCCAUAGAAGGUCAUAGAAUGGAAAUUGUAUGGACUUUUACUGGAAAUAGAAUGAUUUUGAUUGUCCAUAAUAAUUGUAUAUUUCCAUACUAUGGAUAUAGUAUUAUGGAUAUAGCUACUAUGGAUUUAGUGGUGCAAUUUCAAAUUUCAUAGUAUGGAUUUCACAUUUUUUCCCCAGUGUAGCAUACACUUGGCUUGGGUUAAACUGAAACUGCAUGCAUAUUCUGUUUUUCUUUUCUAUAAGACUUGUAACCAAAGUUUAGAUUUAUACAUGUUAUGAUAAUGGAGAAGGAUUGUGUAUUUUUCACAGAAGUGAUUUUAUAAACAAAACAAACUGGACAAAGAUGAACACAUAUUUUUUUUUAUAUUUGUGAAAGCUCAUAGUGAAAGAUUUUCAUUUCAAUACCCUGUAAAUACCAAAAAUUAACUGUUUCUUUUUUCCAGGCUUUGAACAAAAUGCCAGACCUUUGGAAUAGGGUAAAAGGCUGGCUGUGUGGUUUGGAAGGGGAUAACAGAAGGGAACCUGAAGCUCCAAUUCAAAUGCCUGGUGCACAGGAAAUACCAGCAAUACCAGAGCCAAAUGGGAAUCACCAUCCACUACCAAAUACCAGUACCACAUCCAAUGGAAGAAUCAUCAUGCAAGAACAGACGGCCAUGGGUCAAAUGAAUUCUUUAAGGCAACGAAAGCCUGUAAAAGAAACCAUGCCAUCCAACAGAGAUGUGCAUGAACAAAACUUUUGA